AAUCCACAUCAGUACGGCAUUCACUCAUUUCUGUGACGUUCCCACUGUCCAGUUACAGGCCUCUGAGCAUUAUAAGACGCCAUUUCCUGAGCCCCACCCUCGAUCCAAACACAGAAAGGCGGUCACCAACGAGGUCAAAGUUCAGACCCUUGUUCAGCUGCAGGACCGUGACCCUGUCCCCUCCCUGGAGAAUGCUACAGGCCCGUCAGGUCCGUAUCUAAAAGAACUGUUAGAGGCUUUUGGUUCCGACCCUCCACUUGACCCGUCUUGCUCUGAAGCAAAGCAAGAAGACCAGAGUGAAAAGGGUGGAGAGGACCUAAUUGAGAACAUGACGGCGCUUCACAACGACCGUAACAUUCGGGCUAGGAUCCAGGCGUUCGAGAGGCAGACGGGCUCAGACGAAGCCGCCACCCCUUCACCUCGGCCCCGCAACAUUUACUCCAAAACGCCGGUGGCGCCGCCCAAACCCUCCGUCGCCCCUCGGCCUACGGUCAGCAGACCUGCAGAAGAAGAGGCAGCAGCCGCUCAUGAAAAUGUCUACGAGAACGUGGAUAUUGCACUGUCCUCCCCAGCUCCAGGACCAGCUCAGGAUCACCUUCCAGUUUCUGCCCCCAGACCACUUCCUCCCAGAAAACCCUCCCUAGGCUCCAGGGAGGAGUCCAAACCCAAACCCCCCGUUAAGACUGCCUGCCUGCUUCCGCCUCGACCCUCUCUGCUGCGAUCUAAGAACCUAAGUUCCCAGGAAGAGGAGGUGGUCAUAAAAGGUCCUCCUCCUCCAGUAAUGCCCAGUAAAGAGCUGCUGCAACUGAAUAACCACAAUUCCCCUGGCUUGCUCCGGAACGCCACUCGGACGCUGGUGGAGAACAGCUAUGUGGAUUUGCCUAGUAGUAAUGGCUCUGCAAAGCCAUCACACGGAGGGCUCUUCCCCCCGGCACUGAGCACGCAGCCAAUCAGCAGGAGGCCCACUGUUAUCAGAGUGCCUAGUACAAGCAACAAAUUUGAACAGAAAGCAUCAGACUUUACACCUCCUCUUGCUAUCCAGGGAGCAGUGGGUGGCACCCCCCUGCCAUUGAAAUCCACACGCUGGGAUCCCUUUGGUGGAGCAGCCGAUCUGACUCUACCCACCCGCCCCAGUGGGGGUAAGGUCCCCCCCCCCCGGCCUCCUCCAGCUAAAACCGGACCAGCUCGGCCUCUGCCGCCACGCAGAGACAGCUACCAGCGAGCUCCUCUCCAGCAGGGGGUGCCGCUGCACCCCCCAUCCCAGAUGCAACAUAGACAGAGCCACAAACCGUCGAGGAAGGGCCCCGUGCUUCCCCCAAGACCCAACCCUGGCCAUCACCUCUACAACAGCUACACGCUGGAAAUCCCCCACGGCAUCGCUCAGUUUGACUACAACGGCACUCGUACAGGAGAGCUUUCCUUUCAGAAGAAUGAGGUCUUGGUCCUGCUCAACCAGACAGACAGCAGGACGUUUGAGUGCCAGGUGGGCGAUGCCAGAGGUACGGUGCAGGACUCCUACAUGAAGAUCAUCACUCCACUGACUAACUACUCUCACUAUGCAGACAAUCCAGUUCCACAGGAGAGCCGUUCCGUGGAAGACUACAGUCUGCAGGUGCAAGCCCUGUAUGACUUCACUCCAGAGGGUCCGGGUGAGCUCGGCCUGAGAGCUGGGGACAUAGUGAGUGACGUGGAGCAGCUGGACACGGAGUGGUACAUGGGAACAUGCAGAGGAACCAAGGGUUUCUUCCCCAUCAACUACGUCAAACUUCUGUCUGGCCCAACUACUCCUGCAGUUGCACCAACCAAUGAGAGGAGGACACAGCAGUCAGCUGCAACAGUGAGCGGUCCACGGUGUGUGGCAAGGUUCGAUUUCGAGGGCGAACAAAGCGACGAGCUCACGUUCUGUGAGGGCAACGUGAUCCGGCUCCGGGAGUACCUGGGAGAAGAGUGGGCCCUGGGCGAGCUCGGUGGUCAUGUGGGCAUCUUCCCUCUCAACUUUGUGGAAGUGGUAGAGGACCUUCCUCCCCCUGCAGAACAGAGGCAGAGCAGGGUCGCUCUGCCUGGGAUGGCAGGCUCACCCAAAAUACAAGAUACUCCUACACCCAGUCAGGCUGCCACCCAAGGUGUCGAGUGGGCGGUGGCUCUGUAUGACUUCAAUGCAGAAACGGAGGAAGACCUGCCGUUCCGACAGGGGGAUCUGAUCUUGGUGACGGCUCACAUUGACGAGGAGUGGAGCAGUGGCAGGCUGAACGGCAGAGAGGGCCUCUUCCCCUCGGCCUUCAUACAGCCCUGCUCAGGUGGUUCCUAAAGUUGUGGGGGUAGAUCAAAGGAAAAAUGGCACUGGACUCAUACUAGUUACCACUCCUGUAUCAUUGCCUUAAACUACCCAUAUUUUUGUUCUACUGAACCUACCAACCAUUGUGCUAUGGGUACGGAGAGCACGAAAACACUACCCACCGGACGGCACCGCUGAUAUAUCCUUCAGAGGAUAUAUAUGUUACCUGUCGCACACGUACUUGAGACAUAUAUAAAAAUGUGAACAUUUUCUAGCCCAUAAGGUGUUCUUCCCAAUGAGUGAUAGCAUCCAGACUUUUAAGGGUUUGGGUUUUUGUGCAUGCGUAUGAAAACAGACUGCUAACACUUGUCACUUGAAAAAGAAGAAAGCUGUGAACCUGUUAAUGACAGGAGUGUAAUUCACUACAAGAAACACACUUCCACAAAAGGCAGUGAUAAUACCAAGAUCACCUAGGCAAGAGUCAAGGCCGGGAAAAUCAACACUGUGUAAGCAACACAGGUGGUUUCAUUUACAGUAUUUAUUAUGGAAGAAUCUUUCACCAUAUAAUGCAAAUUUAUCUGCUUAUUAUACCUCUUUGCCAACUGUUAACAUGUAGCCAAAUUCAAACAAACAUGUAGUUGUUCUACAGUCUCUUUUACUAUACACUAAAACAUGUACUUGAAACACUAUUAUAGUUAAAAAAUAAAACAAUUACCAUAAAAACUGCA